UUGAGCUUCGGGUGUGCGUGGGGUUAGGUGGAGGUUGUUUCUCGCGUUUGUAUAUAAGAUCAUCUCUGAGAGAUUCUCUUCGUGGAUGAGAAUUUUUGCAUUAAUUGAAUUGAAUAUGGUUUGAGAUGCUCUGAAUACCAACCAUGCACACGCCGAAUCCAACAGCAACACACCAAACAUUCAAACUUUGAUCAAGCUUAAUCCUUCGUCGAUCCAGUAGGAUCUUUCUUUGAGCUCAUCAUCGAUCCGGUUCCUUCAUCGGUUAGUUCUCCCUUUCGUUCAUGAAUCACCCGAGAGACGCCAGCGACGCGACCCUCUCCCUCGGCGGCCUGCCCGAGCGCAGCAAGAGGCCGCGGCGCGGCAACGCGGCCGGCGAGGGGGCGGAGGACCUGUUCGUGUGCAAGACGUGCAGCCGCGCGUUCGCAUCGUUCCAGGCGCUGGGCGGGCACCGCACCAGCCACCUGCGCGGCCGCCGCGGCCUCGCGCUCGGGCUGGCCGCGACGGCCGAGGCUGCCGCUAAGGAGGAGAGGCCGGCGGCGGCCCCGAGCCACCAGUGCCACGUCUGCGGGCUGGGCUUCGAGAUGGGGCAGGCGCUCGGCGGGCACAUGCGUCGCCACCGCGAUGAGGCCACCGCCGCGGCCCAGUUGCCUCCCGUUCUCCUCCAGCUCUUUGUGUAGAGUUCAGUCCACACACAGAAGCAGACUUGUCUAGAUUAUUUCUUCGCAUUGGUGUCUGUGAAUUGUAGCGCACUUGUAGACAUUGUUGGCAUGUCGAGCCAUUCAUUCGAUUGAUUCAUUCAUGAGUUCAGCUGUGCAUUUAGAAGAGGCUGCUGUAUAAGACUUGGUUCGUCUGACAUAUUACAAAUUGUUGGGCUGUUCCGUGUGACUCUCUGGACUGGACCAGCCUCCUCCUCAUUCACUGCUCAGGUGCGUGCGGAUUCCAUUCUGUUACGAAUGAUUGUGAUCAAAUUCUGUAGUUACUCGUGUCGUGCUGGCUGGGAGGGAUGUCUCCCCAACAGCACCCUUUCGUCUUGCAUAAAUCAAAUAUCAGAUCAAUGAAACAGGCAACGAUUCAUU